GCGCAUUCCAAUUUUCAACCUUCGAAGCUCAAAAGAGUCCAAAUUUAGCAUAUUGCGUAUGUAGUCAUAUUCAUGAUCAAAAAUUUGAACCCCCAUGCGAAAAGCACAAAAACGCAAAAACCUGCUCUGAACUCUCUCAAUUGAAACCUUAUAAAUUUGGUGAUAAGGUGACCACACUAUACAGUUAUACUCUAACUUUGACCUUACUAAACUAGAAUACACACACUUGGCAGAGGACACCGAUAAAUUCCUGAUGACAAAACCUAACAACUUGGAGGACUGUACUAUCAAAUUAUUUAUAUGGUCUACAAUUUUAGCUCUUGAUCAAAAAUUACACCAAGAUCUUUUACUUUGGAUGUAUAACUGAUUUGCCUGUCUUUAAUAUAAUAAAGUGAAUUUACCUUUUUAUUGAAUCUGAAAAAACUAAUUGUAAAACACUUAUCAACAUUGAGCUUCAAUUUAUUGAUGUCACACCAAGCAACAACAAGAUUCAAGUCUUCCUGUAAUAAAUUUGCGUCAUACAUACUGUUAAUGACUCGAAAAAUUUUAAAGUCAUCAGCAAAUGCUGCAGGUACACUAUGGAAAAAGUUUUUUAUGAUAUCAUUGACGAAUAUGUUAAAAAGUAAUGGCGAGCAGUGUCCCCCCUGGGGCACCCCAGAUGUUGCCAUAAUAUUCUCAGAUAGGAAUGAACCUAUUUUUACUUUUUGAACUCGACCAGUGAAGGAACUCUGGAACCACUUUACUAUAUCCAGGUGAAAACCAAAUUUAUAUAACUUAUCAAACAAUAAACCAUGAUCAACACUGUCGAAGGCCUUAGAAAAGUCAGUAUAUAUAGCAUCAACUUGUUUUUUGUCUUCCAAGGCCCUCAGCAGUGAUGACUGGUAUGAAACCAAGUUUGUGGUAGUGGAUCUGCCUUUGGUAAAUCCGUGCUGAGCCUCAUCUAACAGCCCCCGGCAGGCCCAUGUCAAUUGUUUGCAUAUCAAUUCGUCUAGCAAUUUUGGAAUCACAGAUUGGGUACAAAUACUUCUAUAAUUUUUAAUGUUUUGCUUAUCGCCACUUUUAAAAAUUGGGAACAAGUAGCUAUUUUUCCAUACAUCUGGAUAUUCUGAACUAUUAAGAGAGAGAUUGAACAGUAUAGUAAUAGGCGUGGUUAAUGUGCAAACACACCUCUUCAAUAGCAACUCUGGAACUCCAUCAGGCCCUACCGUGACUCUUUCAGAGAGGCUCGCUAUUCCCCCAAAAAUGGCCUCCUUAGUAAAUGAGUGCCAAGUGAUAUUGUUGUUUGGAUAACAAUUUUCUGUUUUAGGAAGACUGAACGAUGAACUUGCUCACAAUGGAUGCACUUGGUGAUCAUGUCUAUGCUGCAGCAAGAAUUAUAAAAAAACGAAAUCGCAAGGGUACUGUGGAGUACUUUGUCAAAUGGAAAGGCUGGAGUCAAAAACAUAACACUUGGGAACCCGAAGAGAAUAUACUAGACAGUAGGCUGAUUGAACAAUUCGAAAACUUACAAAGAACCGAAAUUGCGAAUAAAAAGGGCCCCAAAAAGCGCGAAAAGAGAGAGAGUCAAAGGGAAAACGAAGCAAGCGGCGAUGAAACUCAAGAAGACGAAGAACCCACUACAAACAAGCAUGAAAAAGAAGCCACAAUCAAUACAGCAACAGAAGAUGAAGAAACCAGAACGGGUUUGGACGAUAAUUGCGCCACAGUACAAUCCAGCAACGAGAACGAUAAUUCAAAUAGCUCGAGUAGCGAAGACAGGCGGCCCCUUUUAUCCAGACUGGGGACCAAAAGAAAAGCUGAGGUUUUAUCGAUGGAAAGUGGUAAAAUUGGAGUGACUAUUACCACUAGUCCUACUAGUCUCACACCACCUCCAAUUAAAGUUAAACAUGAAUCUGAGGAAAAGGUGACAGAUAAAGAUGUUGCCUUGGCACAUUGUUCCAAUACGGAAGCAGCUUUACCAUCAGAAACUGAAAAGAGACCUGAAAAAAUUGAGGUUGAAUCUGAGAAAAACGAAGCAAAACUAACUCUGAACUUGAAUAAUAAUCAACCUCAGGAGUUGUCGGAAAUGACUAGUCCAGGAUCUGAAUAUUGGCUGUCUAGAAACCCAGUGGCUGAUCAAGUUUUCAUCACGGAUGUUACUGUGAAUUUGAAAACUGUCACCAUCAGGGAGUGUAAAACGGGAAAGGGGUUUUUCAAAGAAAGACAAGACAAAAACGGACAUUUAGUGUAAGUUUGAGGCAUAAACUUCCAAAUAAUUUAUUUUUUUAGAUUUAAUAUUUUAAAGUAGGUAGUUAAGAAAGAAAAAAGUGUACAAAUUAGAUUAGAAAGACUUGGCUGGUGCUAAUUAGGAAGAAAGUGAGUGAUUUACCUCAAAGUUUCUGUUUAUUGAGUAACAGACCGAUCGAUGUUGGUGGCAAGACAAAUUUGAAAUCAUAAUUUAGACAAUUUUUUGGCUCCAUAUAUUUCACCAAUCAAUCAAUAGUAGUUCAACAGGAUUUUAUCAUAAUUGGUAUAUAAUCCUUGAAAAUGAUUACAUCUAGGCACAAAUUUGUCUUGCAAUAAUUGAUUAGUGGAUGCAAGCGAUGCUAAAUAGUUGAUCUAUAAAGUAUUAUUGUAAAACACAUUCCUUGUUCCUUAUUAUUUGAAUAAUUUAUUCAACAAUUUUAAUGAAGCUUGUGUAUUUUUAACUUAUUUAUUUAUUUAUAUAUAUUUUUACAACAGACUUUAAUUAAAUACAAUAAUUAUUAUUGUAGAGAAGUUGCUUGCUUUUAGAGACAUUGUUAGUAUUGAGAUUUCUUAGGUAUACAUAUUUAUUUUGAAAUAAAACUAUACAAAAAU